AUGGAGACAAAUCAUGAGUUACACGACUUGGAAGCUCCACCUCCUUCCGAGCAACACCUUGAGCGCCUUCUCGGAGACCGCAGCGAGGAUGAGGAGCCCCCUCUUAAUCCCGACCACAGCUCUACCUCCGAAAUAGCACCACAACCAGAGAAACCUCCGAAAGCGCGAGUGCCGCCACGUCAGCGUCUGCGCUCAAAAUGGCAUUCAAUAGCCUGGAGGAUAGAAAUUCUCAGCUGGAUCGCCAGUGCUUGCUGCUUCAUUGCUCUUGUUAUUACGUUAAAGGUCUUUGAUGGCCAUCCCUUGCCGCAGUUGAAGUUUGGUAUUACUCCUGGCGCCAUCAUUCAACUUUUGUCGGCAAUUGGCGAGUUUUUCCUAGAAAUAUCUUUUGGAGCAGGUGUUGGCCAGUUGAAAUGGUUGAAUGCGCUGCAAAAGACACCGUUGGCCGACUUUCACACGAUAGAUGAAGCCAGCAGAGGGGCCUGGGGGAGUGUAGUUCUCAUUGCAACUCGCAGAGGAGGCCUGUUAGCGUCUUUGGGUGCUUUCAUCGUCAUCGUUGCCCUGGGCAUCGGAACUUUCGUCCAGCAGGCCCUAGACUAUGACACCAUUUACCCAGUUUCCGGAAGUGCCCUGAUACCCAUUGCGCGGUAUAUGAAUGGCGUUGGUUCGGUGUCUAUUGGAAACGGAGGCACCACAGACGGUGUCGAUUCCGUACUCACCUCAACCCCCUACCUGGCUUUUUACAGCCCUAUCGGUACUAAUUUCACUGCAACGGCACAUUGCAGCACUGGCAAUUGUACAUGGAGCUCUUACCAGACGUUGGGGUUUUGUAAUACGUGCAAGAACAUAACGUCGCAGCUGAAGAGAAAGAAAAUCCGCAUCGUUCCCCAUAAGCUUACCGACGAAGCUUACGACACAGAUGUAUAUACUUUACCAAACGGUUUUGGGUUGACAGGUAUUCGGCCGACGCAGAUGAACAACCAGGUCGACUUUUCCAUCUCAAAUGGCAUACUCAACGUCUCCACGACAAAUUCUGUGCAGGAAUGGGACUCCAUCGCGUUUUCGCACAAUGGAUCUAUACUCAUAGACGUUCUCGCGGUUGCUGCCGCUCCUGGUACGAUCCCUGAACAGCCAGAUCAGACCAAAUACUCGUCCGGGGCGAUGACAGGGAAGAUAUACGCGGCCCCAGUCGCUUAUGAGUGCAUGUUGCAAUUCUGCGUUCGAAACAUGAGCGCAACCUUUGCCAACGGCACGCUGCAUGAGACUGUCAUUUCGACAUGGACAAACGAAACGCAGGGCAUAGUUCCUGAUAAUGAGCAUUACAUACUUCGUCCUCCUAAUUCACCAGACGAAUUUCGAGUUUUGGGUUCCUCGAAAGAUGCAACAGUUACCUGGCUCAACUCUCUGCUUAUUGGCAGUGCGGACUCGGGCCUGAUCGACUCGCUCGAGUCUAGCUCUUCUUCCGAUCUGAUGCGAAUGGUACGAACAGCCAUGAAUAGCUCAGAGACGGGAUUUCAGGAUUUGAUGGACAACCUGGCCAACAGCAUGUCUCUCAGUCUGCGGAGUGCAUCUUACCAACCAGCACCUGUGCAUGGGGAUGCCUUUUCUCCAAUUAGUCAUGCGGUGGUGACUUGGGAAUGGCUCAUUUUACCUGCAUUCGAAUUGAUAGCGACGUUAGUGUUUUUGGUGCUGGUUAUGCUGAGAACGAGAAGGGCAGGUCUGAUACCGUGGACGAAUAACAUACUGGCAGUUUUUUAUCGCGGGUUUGACCAACGGCCCAGCAUGUCGGGUGUUGAUGAUAGUGAGAGCGCUUUGGAAAAGGAAUCUCAUGGAUUGCUUGUUCAGUUCCAAGCUGGGGAAGAGGGCGGACGGUUAGCUGUUGUUAAUGGGCACUAG